AAAUGACCAAAGUGUGGUAAUCAGCAGAGAAGUGACACAGCCCGCGAGUCGCGUGUGUGUCUGCGUCUUAGCGGGAAAUUGGAGUUAAAUUAUGUCCAGACUUAUAAACCGAAUACGCAGCAUGAUCCAUACGAAACGUCAGCCCAACAGAGACGAGACCUCUGAUUCGGUUUCGGGCUCCAGUGUGUCCCAGUCCCAGUCUGUUAGAAGAUUCCAUUCCCUGCCACGUCGUCGUCGCCGUUGCAGUGGCAACUCCGCGGUGAGACGGUCCAGCAGCAGCCUCUGGGAUCGCAUGAUGAACAAUGUUUUCGGCACUGCCGACGAUCAGGGGUAUGCCGAGGAUGAUGGCACUCAGUACAUUGAUUCGGUAAAUGGUUCGCGUUACGAGAUAUCAGGAGAAGGCGAAUACAUCAAGCAUCCCGUUCUGUACGAACUCAGUCAUAAAUAUGGUUUCACAGAGAAUCUGCCGGAGAGCUGCAUGUCCAUACGGCUCGAGGAGAUCAAGGAGGCGAUUCGUCGUGAGAUCCGCAAGGAGCUGAAGAUCAAAGAGGGCGCCGAGAAGUUGCGCGAGGUGGCCAAGGAUCGGCGCUCACUCAGCGAUGUGGCGGUGCUCGUGAAGAAGAGCAAAAGCAAAUUGGCCGAGCUCAAGUCCGAGCUGCAGGAGCUCGAGAGUCAAAUACUGCUAACGUCGGCCAACACGGCCGUCAACAGCAAUGGACAAGAAUCGAUUCAUGCCAGCAUCGAUCCCAAUGGCGGGCUUAUCAUUGGCGGCGCCCUGGGCGGCGGUGUUGGUGGCGGCGGCAAUGGACCCUCCACGGCCAAUGACAAAGUUCUAACCUCGCUGGAGAAGCAGCUGCAGAUCGAAAUCAAAGUGAAGACGGGCGCGGAGAACAUGAUUCAGUCACUGGGCGCCGGCUGCGAUAAGAAGCUGCUCGCGGAGGCCCACCAAAUGCUGGCCGAUUCGAGAGCCAAGAUUGAGUUUCUGCGGCUGCGCAUCAUCAAGGUGAAACAGAACCGAGAGCAGGCCGAUCGACUGAAGGCCACGCGCCUUCUGAUGGACGACGGUCAGCCGCAGAGCCUGGAGACGACGCUGGAGGAGCGCAUCUCGGAGCUGCGACAUCGGCUGCACAUCGAGGCGGCUGUCGUGGAUGGAGCCAAGAAUGUUAUACGAACGCUGCAGACGGCGAAUCGAGCGCCAGACAAGAAGGCGCUGCAGGAGGCCUCUGGUCGCUUGUCGGAGUCAACACGGAAGCUGGAUCUAUUGCGCUAUUCGCUGGAUCUGCGGCGCCUCGAGCUGCCAGCGGACUCUCCGGCUGCCCAACAGCUCAAGGCGGAGCUGCAGAUUUUGCAGCAGUCAACGUCGCCGGGGCCCGUCACCUACACAUCGCUGCAGACGGGGCAGGGCGGAAUGUUGGGUGGCAAACCGUAUCAGUCGGUGUCGUCGCUGGGGCGCUGUGCCAGUGUCACGGGCAAGCUGGAGGUGCGGCUGAUGGGCUGUCAGGAUCUGCUGGAGGAUGUGCCGGGGCGCUCGCGACGCGACAAGGACAACAGCUCCAGUCCCGGCGAUCUGCGCAGCUUCGUCAAGGGUGUGACCUCGCGGAGCAGCUCCAAGAGCUACUCGGUGAAGGAUGAGACCUCGCUGGAGAUCAUGGCUGCCAUUAAGCUGGACAACAUCACCGUGGGACAGACAUCCUGGAAGCCUUGCUCUCAGCAGGCCUGGGAUCAGCGUUUCUCCAUCGAUCUAGAUCGCUCCCGCGAGCUCGAGAUUGGAGUCUUUUGGCGCGACUGGCGCUCCCUGUGCGCCGUAAAGGUGUUGCGCCUCGAGGAGUUCAUCGACGAUGUGCGCCACGGCAUGGCGCUGCAGCUGGAGCCGCAGGGUUUGCUCUUCGCCGAGAUUAAGUUUCUCAAUCCGAUGAUAUCGCAGAAGCCCAAGCUGCGCCGCCAGCGCAUGAUCUUCAACAGGCAGCAGGCGAAGAAUAUCCCACGGGCCAAGCAGAUGAACAUCAAUGUGGCCACCUGGGGUCGCCUGCUCAAGCGGAAUGCCCCGAACCAUGUGCACAUGGGCUCGAGCGACGUCACAGGCGCAACGGCUGGCUCUGCCCUGGCCACGGGCCGCGACUCGGAGUCGCCCAUUUCGCGCACGCCCUCGUCGGAUGCGCUGGUGGAGCCUGAGCCGUAUACGCCAGGCGAGCAGGCUCAGAAUCUGGAGUUCAAUCCGGAUGCGGGCAUGCACGAGCACGUGGAGACGCCCGGCGAGUACCCGGAUCCAGCGGCCAGCGGUUUGAGUGGCAUGCGGCCACUCUCCAUGCACAUGCAGGGCAUCAGCGUUCUGCCACCCGACUCACCGCCAGUGUCCGCCGCCGCAGCAGCCGCUGCUGGCAGACCCAAUUCGCUCAUCAUACAGAUGCCGCCGCAGGCAGGAGGCGCCAAGGUGCCAGCAGUCAUCGGUGGACGCACCGCAGCGCCCACAACGGCGCCACCGCCGCCGCCUUUGCUCAAGUCAACGGCCAACACGCCGGUGCUGGACCAGGAGCUGCAGGAUGUCUUGCACGAAUUUGAUUUCCUCUCCGACAUGGACUCGCGUCCAACCACGCUGCGGCGCCUGCUGAAAGAGCGGGACAUGGAGCAGCUGGAGCUGGACCAGGAGGCGCUCGAGAGCAUUUUGCUGCAGCAGCAGCAGUCCGAGCAGCAGGCACUGCACCAGAGGCAGCUGCAGGAGCAGCAGAGGCUCCAGCACUUCCAGGAGGCACAGCGUCUGGCCAUCCUCGAGCUGUGCGAGCACCUGGGAAGGAAUCAGCCACCGUCACCGCCAACGCCUCCUCUUCCUCCUCCACCGCCGCAGUCGCAGCCAUCUACCCAGACCCCGCUCUUGCGCUCGCUACCGCUCUCGAUCUCGCCAGUUAGCCGUCCAGUCACCUAUCCCUGCCCCAGCCACAGCCAAAGUCCACUCGCUGUCAUGCCACCAACAAACCAAUUUCAGUUGCAGCACGAUCCCGCCCAGACCCAGUCCAGCAAUCGCUUUGGUGCCGCCGUCGAGGAUCUGUCACGGCCAUCGGCAGUGGAGCAGCAGCUGCACCGUCCGGUGCUCACCCUGCCGCCGGUGGUGCUGCUGGGCGGCCGGGAGGAGGACAGAUCGGUGCCGCCCUCGCCCCUGGUCGAGUAUCCCGAGGACGAUGACGAGUAUCUGUACAGGGCCGAUGGCGGCAGGGGCAGCCAACAUCUGCUGCUGCAGUCCAGCCACAGUUCCAGUGCGGGCGAUCGUUUCUGUGUGGAGGCGCAUAUCAGUCUCGUACAUAUCACACUCGAACCCAUCGAUGCGAGCUGCACCACCAGCUGCCUGAUAGAGGAGGUGGCCGAGCCAGAGCCACAGCCGGAAACCAAGGCAGUGGCAGAGUCAGAAUCCCAAUCUGAGGCAUACGUUGAGAGUGUGUUGCUCGAGACAGUUGUUGAAAAGAAAGAGGAGCAGCAGGAGCAGGUCAUACCGCAGCUGGGCAAACUCUACGUGGGCAGCAACCAGCAGCAGCAGCAGCAGUAUGGACAGCAGUCCUCGCCCAUCAUCCAGGAGCCACCGACUCCGACCAUCUAUGGCAACAGCGCGGCCGCUGGCGCACCACAAUUCCCGCAGCCCACACAGCGCCAGGAUAAGCUGAUCCAGCCUGGACAGCAGCCCAUCUAUGCGAAUCAGUACGAGCUGAAUGUGGCCAAGGCAGCGGCUGCCGCCUCUGUGUACACGCCCACGACCAGCUCCUCGUCGACGAGCAACACCAGCAGCCAGCAGCCUGGGCAGGGGCAGGGGCAGGGGCAGCGCAAGAAUGUGGCACGCGGCCUGCAGUUCCACGAGGGCAGCAGCCGCCUGGGCAAGCAACAGCCACCGCCCAAUGCUGGCAUGCUCUCCAUGGACAACUUCCGACUGCUGAGCGUGCUGGGACGCGGACACUUUGGCAAGGUCAUCCUGUCGCAGCUGCGCAGCAACAACCAGUACUAUGCCAUCAAGGCGCUCAAGAAGGGCGACAUAAUCGCACGCGAUGAGGUGGAAUCGCUGCUGAGCGAGAAGCGCAUCUUCGAGGUGGCCAAUGCCAUGCGCCAUCCGUUUUUAGUCAAUUUAUAUUCGUGCUUCCAGACCGAUCAACACGUUUGCUUUGUGAUGGAGUACGCCGCCGGUGGGGAUCUAAUGAUGCACAUCCACACGGACGUGUUCCUGGAGCCGCGUGCCGUCUUCUAUGCCGCAUGCGUUGUGCUGGGACUGCAGUACCUGCACGAGAACAAGAUCAUCUAUCGCGACCUGAAGCUGGAUAACCUGCUGCUGGACACGGAUGGCUAUGUGAAGAUUGCCGACUUUGGCCUGUGCAAGGAGGGCAUGGGCUUUGGCGAUCGCACGGGCACAUUCUGCGGCACACCAGAGUUUCUGGCGCCCGAAGUGCUCACGGAGACGUCGUACACACGGGCCGUGGACUGGUGGGGUCUGGGCGUGCUCAUCUUUGAGAUGUUGGUGGGAGAGUCACCUUUCCCUGGCGACGAUGAGGAGGAGGUCUUCGAUUCGAUUGUGAAUGAUGAGGUGCGCUAUCCGCGCUUCCUCUCACUCGAGGCCAUAGCCGUGAUGCGUAGGCUGCUGCGCAAGAAUCCAGAGCGACGUUUGGGCUCCUCGGAGCGUGAUGCGGAGGAUGUCAAGAAGCAGGCGUUCUUCCGCUCCAUUGUCUGGGAUGAUUUGCUGUUGCGUAAGGUCAAGCCACCGUUUGUGCCCACAAUUAACCACCUGGAAGAUGUCUCGAACUUUGAUGAGGAAUUCACGUCGGAGAAGGCGCAGCUGACGCCACCAAAGGAGCCGCGUCACCUGUCCGAGGAUGAGCAAGUGCUCUUCCAGGACUUUUCAUACACGGCCGAAUGGUGUUAGUGCGUCUCCAGUUAGUCCUUAAUGGCUCACCCAAUGGGCCUAGCCCGAUCGUUAGCCCCUUUGCCCUUUGCUUUUAAAAGUGUACGAAGUUAUUGCUAGCUUAAGUGAAUGUGAGCGGAAUAUUUAAACAGCCAAUGCCUCCAGAUAAUAACCCAUACAGGACAUAUAUAAUUAUAUAUCUACAUAGAAACUAUAUAUAUAUAUAUGUACAUCUAACCAUGUACUCAUCGCGAGCCAGAGAGCUUCGCUUUGUGGGCAGAGCAAGAGCAUUUUUUCGAUCAUCAGCAUGUCAGCCCCUUCCAUCAGCAUGAACCAUUUAACGCUUCUUUUAAUUUCCCAACGCAAGAACGAGAUAAUAUAUUGAGAAUAGUCUGACGAAACCCCCGAGGAGGAGAAAGGCCUUAAACGCAACGUUGUAGAUUUUUUGGACAGAAUUUUGUGUGGUGAGCCCCGGUUCCAAAUAGAUUUUAGAGAUGCAAAUUAUAUAUACACCCAGGCUAUUUUACAAGCGCCAACAAUAGAACCGAGUGGAGUAGCAUAUUUUCAUACAAAACAUACAAGAACAAAUUCAAGGAUAAACCUAAACAUAAAUAUAUAUAAAUAUAUUUUAUACUGCAUGCAUACAUACAACAAACCCAGGAAAAAUGUCUUGUUAAAAAAGGAGAGAAGAGCUCAUCCUCCAAGCACAGUGUGUGAAAGUGGAGAGAUAAUACUUACAAUUUUUAAUGUGUAAACCCCUGUAAAUUUAUUCUUUGCUUCUUUUCGGAAAUUCAACUCAGCCAAUAAGGUCAGCCAAAUUGACUAUUUGAACGAGUUGUGUUAUAUUUUAAAGCUACUUUUUAUUAUUUAAAUUCAUUUACACACACACAAACACAAACACACACACAUACACACACACAACGCCUAUACAUUUGUUAUUUAUUAUUAUUAUUGUACUUUACAAGAAAACUGUAUUGCUUUGAGCAUUUUUAAUUCAAUGAUACGAAUGGAUUUCAAACGAUUUGAUUGUAUGCCUACAGAGAGAGAGAGAGAAAGAGAGUAAGAGAGAUAACGGUACGCUUUAACAGAAAAACAACCCUUAAUGCCGCUCUCUCCGAUGGAGACCGAGUCUUUGCUCUCGCUGGGUGUGGAAUACGAUCGGAUUGUGUUGUGUUUCGCUUAAGAUCUAUGCUAAUUUUAAAUUAAUUUUUAAAUUGUAUUUAAGUUUUGUAAUAAUCGAUUAUGCAAGCAUAGGCUAAGGCUAUCAUUAUGUGAAAAUAAUUAACUGAUACAUACGAACACUGCACACCCCUCAUGCAGAUCAAUAUACAUAGAAACACCAAGCAAAAGCAGAAGCAGUAGCAAACCUGAUAUGAUUAUGAUUGCAUUCGCAACUUGGAAUAUCGAUUCAUCAGCCCCAUUCCCUUCCUCCUCCCCCCCCUCUAGCUGCCAAGUUGUGCGUGUCCUGUCUCUUAUUUAUGCAAACUAUGAUAUGAUUUUUGAAAUAAAAUGUAUCUAUCGCUAUUGAAUAAA